AAUAACAAAUAAUAGGACUCGUCAGCCGAUUCAAAUAAUUUAUAAUGAAGUGCUGCUAUUCUCAUCAGUAUUCUAGUCGUUGAGUGGACGAUAAUACAACGGUAUGAAUCGUGCAAUAAUAUUAACAGUGGCAUUGAUCGGUUUGGUGGCUGGCAACGGUGCCUGGGAACGAAACAAAGAGUAUACAUACAAGCUACUGGGGAGAACAUUAAAACCAUCCCCGGAAUCAAAUAACAAGUUUGUUGGUGUUAUUUCCCGGGCCUAUUUGACAAUACGACCACAGUCUGACAAUCUCUUAAUUGGGCAAAUUAGUCGAGCUGAGUAUGGGAAAGUGAAUGAAACUCUAACCGAGGAAUGGAUUUCCAAUUUGGAUAGUAGGAUAUUGAACAACUGGCCGUUGAAUAAGCCAUUCAAAGUUCAUUUGGAAAAUGGUGUCAUCCGUUCGUUGUCGGUGGAUGCCUCACUGACAAAUUACGAAGUUAAUCAAUUGAAAGUGAUCAUGAGUCAAUUCCAAGUUGAUUCCAGGGCACAAAAUCAAAUUCAAUUGAGUGAAAAUCAACUACCUGAAAAGUAUCACAGCACAGCUUUCUACAAGACAAUGGAACCACUUGUCACCGGAAAUUGCGAAACGGUCUACGAAAUUUCAGCAAUUCCAGACUAUCUCAUUCAAGCUCAUCCCGAAUGGAUUCCUGUGCCUGAAUUGAAAGGAGCAGGAGAUUUUAUUCAGAUAACCAAAUCCAGAAGUCAUGUUAAUUGUCAUGAAACUAGUGGCUACUUACUCGACAUGGCAGGUCGCAAAGAUUCGAACACAAAUGAAAUUCACCUAGUCCGAAUGAAUCUCAGUGCCAACCACAAUUUGUAUGUCACUGAAGAUAGACGCAUUGUGGUUUCUGGUUCCUUGGAACGAUACACCAUUCAAUCAUCAGUAACUUUCAAUAAAGUGAAUAACGUUCACGAUAACCGCCUAACCUUAACCGAUCUUGUCAAUGUAACACUAGAAUCUGUGGUAGAUACGACUGAUCGAUCUGGGUUUGCACCAGAAAAUCUGACGAAUCUAAAGAACACAGGAAAUUUGGUCUAUACUUUCGAUUUGGAAGCAAGUAUUGCACCCACAAAAAGCAAUCCACAACAACUCUUACUCUCAACGACUCCAACAAAUGAUACCAAUAUCACAGAAACUUGGUCAAGCUGCUGGACUGCAUUCCCGUCAGCAGGCUCUAUCUGCAAAAAUAAUUUUAGUCCCGAAUAUUCGAGCGUCAAUACGCGCAGUUGUGGCUUUCUCGGUUUGGGAAAGCAAGCCCUCUGCAAACUGUAUUUUCCAGGAUGUGUGGCCACACCCUGUUACUCGGUAUUCAUCCAUCAUACGGAAUUGUGUGGAUAUGCGUUCGGGAACGAAUAUCCGAGGACAAAAGGUGGUUUUGACGAUUGUGCACCAGGAUUUUACCGUGCGAGAUGUUGUACGGAACAAAGUACUCUUUCAUGAAAAUUUUUCGUUGUGACGCAUAAGCUUUGUAUAUCCACAUAAAUGAUCAUAAAUACAGUGAACAGAAA